GGUUCGGGACAGAUGGUGCUAUGUGGGGUGAUGACGGUAUUUGGGUGGAUGUAGGGUAGAAAAACGACGAUUGUUCGAAGCAAUAUCAUUUAGCUAGCUUAUCGUCCAGUUUUCUGCAGAAUAACAUGAUAGGGACGAGAACCUGUUGCUUUUGAUCCUUGAAAGUAGGCGAUGACUUAUUGGAGAGUGCCCGUAUGACCAGGUUCGGCCAUCGUGUGUGAACGGUAUUUUGGAGGUACCCAGCACAUCGGGACAUUGAGCAGUUGCCCUGCGGUGAUGGCGCGGCCAGGGGCACCAGGUGGCCUGGCUGACCUGGGCACCACAGGCUGGGGUGGUGACGAUGUGCCACCGUCUGUGGUGCCACCCACCGGUGACCUCCGGCAGCAGCAGCGCCAGCUCGUCAGGGAGCAGGACGAGGGUCUGGAGGUGCUGGCGUCGGUCAUCUCGCGCCAGCGGGACAUGGCCGGCGCUAUCGGUGCCGAGAUCGAGGAGCAAAGCGCGCUGAUCGAUAACAUCUCGGACAUGGCGGACCGGAGCGCCGGCCGCAUGGUGCAGCAGACGCAGCAGGUCCGCAUGGUCGACCGCAAGGCCUCCCGCACCUGCUGGUACUGGGUGGUGAUUUUUGCGCUCUUGGUGGCGAUCGUCGUCGUCUUUCUCUGGUGACCCCAGGUCACCUGGAGGUCACCAUGCCAUCUAAGCUGCAUGCUCCGCUGACCCCGGCCAGCCUCGGCAUAGAGGUCGCUGCAAGUUCGAAGGCACCGUUCUGCGUCCGAACACAGAGGUCACCGACCCCGUCAGGUGUGACCCGGGGUCGGUGACUAUCCGGCGGUCACGCAGCGUCUGACCGCACUGUCUCGCGCUAAGGAAGAGCACGCUGAAAGUAGCGGCUCGGUGACCGGUGACGUACGCGAGGGCCGCGGCCUGGCCCCAGUGGCGGUGAUGGGCGUGGACAGCAGGUGGCCUGGGCGGAGGGGCGGCCACCCCUGCUCAGAGUUGGUGGCCUGUGAUGGGAUGUACAACGCCGCGCUGUGGAAAGUGUCACGAAUUCAGCGUGUGUCCAUGUGUAUGUAUUGCCUUGUGUAAGGAGCAUAGUACUUCGUUGUGAAGCAAACUUGACCUGACGCAGUGUAAAGCGAACAACCUGAAACAGUGUCGAAUGUGGUCGUUUUGACGUCUGUGGUAUUUGAAGCUGCUGUGCUUUUGGUAUCGGUCCAACGGCUGCAAGCAUGGGAUGAACAGGCCUCGGGCAUCUAGCUGGGGUCUAAAACAAUUAAUUAGUGGAUCCCGCCCGUUUGCAUAACCAAUAUUUAGCGUGACAGGUGAAGCGACGUGGAGGAGGAUCGGAGGCAGAUACUGAUCACGAGUUGUGUGCAUACAAGCAAAGCGGAAAUGUGCCAGUUUUCCACUCGCACGCAGCCAUCGCCGGCGUGACCAGGUUGAAGAGCUGGCCUGAGAUCUGCUCACCUCGCUGAUCCAAGUCCGCCGUGGAGCCAUAGUGAUGGAGCAGCAGCCGGUCGCCUUGGGGCGCCCCUCCUCCAUGGCGCUCCGCCAGUCCCGCGUUGGUCCUUGCUGACUAAUGUGUGUGGCGUGGCCGGACAUGUGAGAGCGAGAUGGGGCCGGGAGGAACUGCGCGAACCUCGGUGCC